AUGAAACGGGCUAUCACGCCAUACCAACCGCCAAAUCCUAACGGUCAAUCGCCUAUGCCAAAUCCGAAUCAACAAACACCCGUCAAUCAAGCUGUUCGUAUUCGUGAGCAUACUGAUAGACCACCUGAGUUACCUCAAGCUCAUCCAAUUCAGCAUCACCAACCUCCGCCUCGCUAUGAAGACGAAAGGCCAAGUUUAUGGCAAAGACUAAGGGGAAGUAGAGGCUCUAAUCAAGAUAAAGGAAAAGGAAAAAUGAAUGAGAAGGAAGAAGAGCAACAGUUAAUCAAAAAGACAGGGAAAAGAAAGCAUCCAGAAGCAGCAGCAGCAAACGAUCAUGAAGCUGGUACUAGCGGCACUAAACCACCGGAGGAGAAAAAGAAAAAAAGAUUUUGGAGAGGGGUUUUGGAAAGUGAUGGCCGUACCCGGUCUCGCUAUCGGUCUCGCUAUCGUACUAGAGCUCAACGUAAAAGGGAUGCGGAAGCCGGAGAAGCCAUCUUAGGUAUCGUAGGGGCUGGUGUUUAUGGCGCUUACAAGGGUGCAGAAGCA